AUGUCGCUUUCUCUUUCAAAUUUCGAAAAGUCGCCUGCGUCGGCAGAGUUCAGAAGCGACACCUUCACCACCCCAACUCCAUCCAUGGUCGCUGCGUUGGCGACGUGUACUUUGGGCGAUGCGGUGUACAACGAAGACGUAGCCACAAACACAUUGGAGAAGAAAGUCGCACAGUUGGCCGGAAAGGAGCGCGGGCUCUAUUGUGUGUCGGGUACCCUCCUGAACCAGAUCGGAUUGCGGGUCAACUUGUUGCAGCCUCCCCAUGCGGUGCUUUGCGAUUACCGGGCCCAUGUCUAUGUUCAUGAGGCCGGCGGAUUGCCUACGCUUUCGCAGGCUUUGGUCCAGCCAAUUGUGCCUAAGAAUGGUAUUCAUUUGACGUUGAUGGACGAUAUCAUCCCCAACUUCGUCCCCGACGACGGUGAGAUCCACAGUUGUCCCACAAAAGUCAUUAGUUUGGAGAAUACCUUGCACGGAAUGAUCUUACCCAUUGAGGAGAUUCAGUUGAUUUCUGCCUUCUGUAAGCUCCACAACGUUCGUCUUCACUUGGACGGUGCUAGGUUGUGGAACGCCUCCGUGGCCACAGGCAUUUCCAUCAAGGAGUAUUGCUCAUACUUUGACUCCGUGUCUCUCUGUCUCUCCAAGACGUUGGGUGCUCCAAUCGGGUCUGUUCUUGUUGCUGACGAUAAGUUCAUCCGUAAGGCUAACCACUUCAGAAAGCAGAAUGGUGGUGGUAUCCGCCAGAGCGGACUCUUGGCUCUGAUGGCCCUGGUGGCUAUUGACGAGAACCUUCCCAAGUUGGCACGCACCCAUGAAGUCGCAAAGAAUUUGGGCGAAUAUGCCACUGGUCUUGGCUUCAAGUUGGAACAUCCAGUGCACACCAACUUUGUGUUUCUAGACUUGAAGAAUUCUCUUGUGGACCCUGAUGCCUUCAUGGAUAUUUGCGGCAAGCACAAUGUGAGGGUUGGCGGUGGAAGAAUUGCCUUCCAUUUCCAGGUCUCUGAUGAGGCCGUAGCUGAUCUCAAAAACGCUCUCAAGGAAGUCAUUGAGUACUCCAAGGAGCACCCAUAUGAUCCCUCUACUCCCGCAUUGGAAUUGCCCAAAGCCACCAGUUUUUACAAACUCAUUCAAACAACUACAUAG